UCAGUGGCACGAGCAGAGAGAGCGAGCGGACUGCCCGCUGCUGCCACCUCAACAUGGAGUAGCGAGACCCCCAGCAUUCACUGCUAAAAAGCGGAUCCCACAGAGAGGAAUACGCGACGGCCUCUGUCCGAUUCUCCCGCAGAAGGUCCCCCCGCAAAUAAUACACAGCGGCAAUAUUUUUAUUUUCGUGCACGCGGAGGAAAAGCUCGGCUUUAAUUUGAAAGAUGGCGAACGACUCUCCGGCUAAAAGUCUGGUAGACAUAGACUUGGCUUCAUUGCGGGAUCCAGCUGGGAUAUUUGAAUUGGUGGAGGUUGUUGGAAAUGGCACCUAUGGACAAGUAUACAAGGGACGACACGUCAAGACUGGACAGCUGGCUGCCAUCAAAGUCAUGGACGUCACGGAGGAUGAAGAGGAGGAAAUUAAACUGGAGAUCAAUAUGCUGAAGAAGUAUUCCCACCACAGAAACAUAGCCACCUACUACGGUGCUUUCAUUAAGAAGAGCCCCCCGGGACACGAUGACCAGCUAUGGUUGGUGAUGGAGUUCUGUGGAGCUGGUUCCAUCACAGACCUGGUGAAGAACACCAAGGGGAACCAGCUGAAGGAGGACUGGAUCGGCUACAUCUCCAGAGAGAUCCUUAGGGGUCUGGCCCACCUACAUGCCCACCACGUCAUCCACCGUGACAUCAAGGGCCAGAACGUCCUGUUGACGGAGAACGCCGAAGUCAAACUAGUCGACUUUGGCGUGAGUGCUCAGCUCGAUCGGACCGUGGGGAGGAGAAACACCUUCAUCGGGACCCCUUAUUGGAUGGCCCCCGAGGUCAUCGCUUGUGACGAGAACCCGGACGCUACAUAUGAUUACAGAAGUGAUCUGUGGUCUUGUGGAAUCACAGCGAUAGAAAUGGCUGAAGGAGCACCACCACUUUGUGACAUGCACCCAAUGCGUGCGCUCUUCCUCAUUCCAAGAAACCCUCCACCCAGGCUCAAGUCUAAAAAAUGGUCCAAAAAGUUUUUCAGCUUCAUCGAGGGCUGUCUGGUGAAGAAUUACACACAGCGCCCCCCGACAGACCAGCUGCUGAAGCACCCCUUCAUCCGAGACCAGCCCAACGAGAGGCAAGUCCGCAUCCAGCUCAAAGACCACAUCGACCGUACCAAGAAGAAGAGGGGAGAGAAAGAUGAGACGGAGUACGAGUACAGUGGCAGUGAGGAGGAGGAAGAGGAUCCUCCAGAGCAGGAGGGAGAGCCCAGCUCCAUUGUCAAUGUGCCAGGUGAGUCCACGCUGCGCCGCGACUUCAUCCGCCUGCAGCAGGAGAACAAGGAGCGAUCGGAGGCACUCCGCCGCCAGCAGCUCCUCCAGGAGCAGCAGCUCCGGGAGCAGGAGGAGUACAAACGCCAACUACUGGCCGAGAGGCAGAAACGCAUUGAGCAACAGAAGGAGCAGAGGAGGCGGCUGGAGGAGCAACAGCGGCGUGAACGGGAGAUGAGGAGGCAGCAGGAGCGCGAGCAGCGUCGCCGCGAGCAAGAGGACAAGAGGCGUGUCGAAGAGAUGGAUCGUAGGCGUAAAGAAGAGGACGAACGCCGGCGGGCUGAUGACGAGAAGAGGAGGAACGAUCGUGAACAGGACUACAUCAGACGUCAGCUGGAGGAGGAGCAGAGACACCUGGAGAUGCUGCAGGAGCAGCUGCUCCGUGAACAGGCCAUGCUGCUGGAGUUCAAGUGGCGGGAGCUCGAGGAGCAGCGCAAGGCCGAGCGACUCCAUAAGCGGCUGCAGCAGGAGCAGGCCUACCUGCUGUCGCUCCAGCACGAACCCAAACAGCCGCCUGGCGACCAGACCAAACUCCCCUCAGACCAUUGCACACCUCCACAGACCUCCACCCUGCCCCCUGGCAGAGUCCUCGCCGCAACCCCUCAGGCUCAGGUCCUUGAAAGUGCCGUUUCCUCCAGAGACCUUCAGACAGUCCCCUCAGACGGCCCUAAGUCCCAGGCAGCAGCGCCAGAGAAGACUGACUCUGAUGAAACCUGUCCCAGCCAGCUCUCAAACUCCCCCAACCCCCCUCUGACUGAAACCCCCACUGACUCUGAACCUCCCCGGGCAGAACGUUUGGAGCCCGAUAGGCCCGCAGAGCCCGUCAGUCCUCCUCCUCAGCCUAUCAGAGAGGCCGACGAGCGGUACCGUAAGAACAUUCAGGGCUCCCCUCAGAUUGCCCCUCCUCCCAAGCAGCCCCCUCUGCCUCCCCGCUCCUCUGAACCGUUCUCCAAUGGCGGCUCCUCCUCCGAGGCCUCCGCCAUGCACCGGCCCAUGGAGCCUCAGGUCCAGUGGUCCCACCUGGCUGCUCUAAAAAGCAGCAACAGCGCCGCUCCCUCUCCUCCUUCUCCUUCUCCUCCUCCUCCUCUUCCUCCUCCUCCGCCUGUGGUCUCUCGCUCCCAGUCCUUCAGUGAGCCCAGCGGGGUGACCUCUAACUUUGCACAACUCCACCUGCGUUCCCAGGACCCCCACCAUCUCCACCUCCACCACCCAUCGCCCGCACGCACUGACCCCCAACCUCCCCUCCACCACCCUCAGGCCCCUACUAGGGCCGAACACCAGGCCGGCGGCGAAGAGGUACCUCCCAAGGUCCCGGUAAGGACGACAUCCAGGUCUCCGGUACUGUCGCGUCGAGAGUCCCCUCUGCCAUCACAGCCCGGCAUCCAGGGUGGACCGAGGAGCGCUGGAGGUAACGUGGAGCAGCGGCCGCUGUGGGACCGAGUGGAGAAGCUGCAGCCUCGGCCAGGCAGUGGCAGCUCCUCCGGCUCCUCCAACUCCAGCUCCCAGGCCAGUCCUGGUGACCGCUUCCGACCACGCUGUGAGUCCCCUGCUUCCUCCAAAUCUGAAGGAUCGCCUCUCCAGCGGCCUGAAAAUGUUCCCAAAAAACAAGAUGAAAAGAACCUCGCCAGGCCAACUCGACCAGCUGGUGAUGCGGAUCUGACAGCUCUAGCCAAGGAGCUUCGUGCGGUAGACGACGUGAGGCCUCCCCACAAGGUCACCGACUAUUCCUCCUCCAGCGAGGACUCGGGCACCACCGACGAGGAAGACGACGAGGAGGUGGACCAGGAGGCGGGAGAGGAGUCCACCUCGGGACCUGAGGACUCCAGGGCUGGAUAUUCCCAUGGCUUCCGCAGGAGGAUGAGUAACGGGGAGACGGAGUCGGCUAAGACCAUGCUGCUGGAAGACUCUGAGAGCGACCAGGCCAGCACGCCCUCCAAGGAUGGCACGCUGGUCAUCAGACAGAGCACCGUUGACAUAAAGCAGUUGGUCAAUCUCUCCUCCUCUUCCUCGGCUGACCUCUGUCACGUCCACGGCCAGCCCCAAAGCCACGGCCUCGCCGAGAAAAACGGCUUUGCCGGCCGCAUACACCACCUACCAGACCUUAUCCAGCAGAGCCAUCACUCCCCGUCCUCUUCCACAACCAUCCCUUCCUCCUCCUCCUCUUCCUCCUUCCCCUCGUCAUCUAGCUAUGCCAGUCCUGCCAUGUCCCCACAGAUCCCCCUGGACGAGCUCACUGCCAUAGAGUCCCAGUCGGAGAGCAACUCCAUGUCCAAACACAAGUCGUCCUCCUCCUUCACUCCCUUCAUCGACCCUCGUCUUCUCCAGAUCUCUCCAUCCAGCGGCAGCUCCCUCAACAACAUGGCAGCGUUUGGGCCGGACGGACGGCUUGCAGACCCGCUGAAAUCCGACCCGUCCCGUAAAGGCUCGGUGGUCAACGUCAACCCGGUCAACACGCGCCCGCCGAGCGACACGCCAGAGAUUCGCAAGUACAAGAAGAGGUUCAACUCUGAGAUCCUGUGUGCUGCGCUCUGGGGAGUGAACCUGCUGGUGGGAACGGAGAGCGGUCUGAUGCUGCUGGACCGGAGCGGUCAGGGGAAGGUCUACCCUCUGAUCAACAGGAGACGCAUCCAGCAGAUGGACGUCCUGGAGGGACUCAACGUCCUGGUCACCAUAUCGGGUAAAAAGAACAAGCUGCGAGUGUACUACCUGUCGUGGCUGAGAAACAAGAUUUUGCACAACGACCCUGAGGUGGAGAAGAAGCAGGGUUGGGUUAAUGUGGGCGAGCUGGAGGGUUGCGUCCACUACAAAGUCGUGAAAUAUGAGAGGAUUAAGUUCUUGGUGCUGGCCUUGAAGAACGCUGUGGAGGUGUACGCCUGGGCUCCCAAACCCUACCACAAAUUCAUGGCCUUUAAGUCUUUUGGUGAUCUGGUGCACAAGCCUCUGCUGGUUGACCUGACGGUGGAGGAGGGUCAGAGGUUAAAGGUGAUCUAUGGCUCGUGUUCAGGCUUCCAUGCUGUGGAUGUGGACUCCGGCGCCGUCUACGACAUCUACCUGCCCACACAUAUCCAGACCAGCAUCCAGUGCCACGCCAUCAUCAUCUUGCCCAACACUGACGGCAUCGAGCUGCUGGUGUGUUACGAGGACGAGGGCGUCUACGUCAACACCUACGGGCGCAUCACCAAGGACGUGGUGCUGCAGUGGGGAGAAAUGCCAACUUCAGUGGCCUACAUUAGGUCAAACCAGAUCAUGGGCUGGGGUGAGAAGGCCAUAGAGAUCCGGUCAGUGGAGACGGGCCACCUGGACGGCGUCUUCAUGCACAAGAGAGCCCAGAGACUCAAGUUCCUCUGUGAGAGGAAUGACAAGGUCUUCUUCGCCUCCGUGCGUGCCGGAGGUGCCAGCCAGGUGUACUUCAUGACCCUGGGACGCACUUCCCUCAUGAGCUGGUAGGCGACGUCCUCCCCACCCCCACCCCCCACCCACCCCCCACCCCCCUACCGGCCAACUCGACGACCAUACCUAAGCAGUGACCAACAGAUGACGAUUGUGACUACGACCGACGACGACGAAGAAGCCUCGAGCGGCUUCCUCUCAGCCGCUCGGGCGAAACAAACAACGGAUUGGACUGUAAUCAUGAAAAAGAAUCUAGGGACGGGUGUGUGUUUGGGGGGCGAGGAGGUGCGUUCUGUUAGUGUCCACUGAGUGUACUAGUAAACUAUAUUACGACAACAGAAACCCCCCCACCCCCCUCCAAGCCUCCGGGUUUUUCCCCUCACCCAUCCUUUGAGCCGAUCCCCUCCUCCUCCUCUGCGGGACGCGGGAUCUGUUGCCUGUUGAUGGUAAAUCUUUAUGUGUCAUAGUAGAACUUUGCAUCGUGUAUGUGCGUGAAUGGAGGAAACACUGAGCAUGUGAAUGACUGAAGGGACGAUUAGAGGCUAAACGCGGCUGUCACUGUAUCAAAGAAGGCGAAUACUUUAUGUGCCACACCUCGGGUGUGGCCGUUUGUAGCUGUAGUUUAGUCCGGGGUCCCGUUCAGGUGAAAUUAACUCCCGAUGCCCACCACGGUAGAUUUCCACGUCAAGCAUGCCAUUUAACACGAGUUCACCGCCACGUAGAUAAACGCUUGACAUGUAAAUCUGCCUCUGUAUCUUCACUUUUUUUGCCUUCUCUUCCUUAAAGUGAAGAUGUUUUUUAAGGGACCUUCUUGAUAUAUCCAUUAAAUACAGGGUACUGGAUAUCAGCGUGUACAUACUAACUACAUCUACCUUGUAGGCUUCAGACUCUCCCAGGUUUUACAGACACUAUCUCGACCACAUUGCCUCACAUAUUGUAGGUUAUGUCGGACAGAAGUAGCCCUGUUUAUGACAGCAUGUUGCUUUGGUGUUAACGACAAAAUUUAGCUUUUUUUCCCCCCAUACACUGUAUAUUUUGUGUGUGACUUGCUGCACAUAAAUAAGGCAUUUAGGACACACCCCUACAUGAGUUUCAAAGGAAGAAUUCACCCUAUUUAUCAUCAAGUUGUUGUUGUUUUUUUACGGCUUUCCAAAUUGCGAUUUGCUUCUCUGGUCAACCAGCUUUGUUUGUUGCUACAACUAGCAACCAAAAACCGCAAAUGGACCCAGACAUGUGAGACGCACCACCAGGUGGAUUUUUCCCUUUAACGUCAGUCAUAAGUAGGGCUAGGAUAAACUGUGAAUUAGACAUGCAGAGUUAGCAGGUGGCCAUUAAGGUAGCAUUGAGGCCAGUGGGCAGAAGUGACGGUAAAGGAAAUGAAGGUGCAUAGAUCCUGAGAAGAAGCUUUGAACAUCACACUCCAGCUGACUGUCCUCCGUCUGCACCACGUUUCAAUUUCACAUCUACGAUCAUCCAACUGUAUUUUGGAGACUUUAGCUUAACGUGUAGCUAAACAGUUGCCUUAAAAGGGUCUCCAGCUGAUUACAACUGCUCAAAAUCCUCUGCAGGUUUUGACAAGUUAACAGUGAAGUUUAGAUUUUAUGUACUGUAGGAACACUUGAGUCUGAAUCAGCCACGUGACUCAAUAUUGGACCUCUUUUCUUUUUU